AUGUUCUCAGCAGCUCCAAACCCUUAUGACGAACUUGUUGGUAAAGCGACCGAUGAGAAUCUCGCGUCCGAGGAUUGGGCUUUGAAUCUUGAAGUGUGUGAUAAAGUCUUGAGUGAGGGUCAGAAUGGUUCGAGACAGGCGGUGGCGGCAUUGCAAAAGAGAUUGGCUCAUCGGAAUCCCAACGUUCAACUAUAUGCUCUAGAGUUGGCCAACACCCUGGCGCAGAAUUGUGGCAAGUCGUUGUUGGAAGAAUUAUCGUCACGCAAUUGGACAUCUGCCCUGGAUCGUCUUGUCAACGAUAGAACGACAAACGCUCUCGUCAAGAAGAAAGCCCUGGCUUAUAUCAAAGCAUGGGCUAAGCAAUUCGAGGAUACUGGAGAUCCCAAUCUUGGUCUCAUGGGAGAAUUAUACGAUCAGCUACGAGCCAAAAAUAUGCAAUUUGACGAUGUUGAGCCUGUCCCAGAGAACACAGAUGACCUUCGUCGGCGAGCGGAGGAGGAAGAGCUCCAAAGAGCCUUAGAGAUAUCCAAGCAAGACAAAGGGGGACGUUUCAACCCCCCAUCGUCAUCCGCCAACACCGGUGGAUCCUCAUCUCAACCGUACCCUCCUACUCGAUCUCAGCCCGUACAACCAGCUCCAGUACAACCUACUAUUCCUUCACCAGAGCUGGUGCCCGUAUUGGACCUGAACACCGCCACGAGAGUCAGGGCGUUGUACACUUUCACCUCGGCCGAAGUCGGCGAACUCAAUUUCGAACGAGGAGACAUCAUCAAGGUUCUCGAUAGGGGUUUCAAGGAAUGGUGGCGUGGAGCUUGCAAUGGAAAGAUUGGGAUCUUCCCGGUGACAUAUGUGGAAGCUAUCCCAGAACCCUCACCGCGCGAGCUGCAGGAAGAGGCGCAAGAGGAGGCCAGGGUUUUUGCUUCUCUCGGUCUGGUCGACCAACUGCUCAAGACUUUGAAAAGUGUGGACACUUCACGCGGAGAUCGUCUGGAUGAUCGGCCCGAGAUUGAAGAGAUGUAUCAGGCUAGUGUAGCUCUGCAAGGGCAGAUCAACGCUCUCAUCAAGAAAUACUCAGACCAGAAAGCGGAGUUGGAACAUAUGAACGCCAACUUUCUACGAGCCAUGAGGCAAUAUGAAGAGCUUCGUGGUCCUCCCAUGGUGGCUCCUCGUAUGUGUUCCAGUUUUACAGACUUCUUCCUCUGA